CAGAAAGCUAGGUAGAUCUAUCGCUAAUGUCUAAUGAAAUGAAGUCUCCAGGGACACCAAGGAGGAAGAAAAAGAGAGUAUCAAUACUUACAUUUUUCAUAGCUUUAACCAUUUUCACAGGUGUAAGCAUCUUUCUUCUAGCUUUCAGAUCCAUCGAUCCAUCUUCUUUGGCCAAAGGUGACACAACCCAGUUCCUCACUCAAGAAAUCACAGAAGCUGCUCUUGGCUAUUCAACUCUCAAUACCACAACUAAUUAUAUUUAUAAUCCUCAUAAUACUACUCUGAGAAAGACCCAGAAUCAAGAAUGUGCCAGUGUGGAGCAGAUGGGGGAUGGGUUUAGAGGUGGGUUUCAAGAACAGAGUUUGAGGGUGAGGAAGAUUAUUCAAGCCCACUUUGAUGUUAAUGGUGCUUCGCGAGUUCGUGACCUACCUCCAGAGCAGUUCUGUAGACAUAAAUUUGUUUUAGGAAAAGCAUCUGAAGCUGGAUUUGGGAAUGAAAUGUACAAGAUCCUGACGGCUGCUGCACUCAGUAUAAUGUUGGACCGGUCACUGAUUAUUGGGCAAACCAGGAAGAAAUUUCCAUUUGGGGAUCAUGUCUCUUAUUCAAACAUAUCAUUUACCUUGAACGAAGUUAAGCAUCUUUGGAGACAAAAUGGCUGUGCUACUAAAUAUCAAAGACAUUUGUUAAUGAGGAUUGAUGAUUUUCAGAAGCCAGCACGAACAAGUGUUCUUUGUAGCAACUGGAUGGAGUGGGAGGAACCAAUAAUAUGGCUCCAAAAUACCACAGAUGCUGUAGCAGCUCAGUUUUUUCUAAAAAACAUCCACAUCAAAAUGAGGGAAGUUGCCAUGAAUCUAUUUGGAAAACCAAAUGAUCUUCAUGACAGGCCCAAUGUGUUUGGAGAGCUUAUGAGAGUCCUCAUAUCUCCCUUAGAAAAUGUUAAGCUGGCAGUGAACUCAGUUCUUGGUGAUGGGAAGGAUCCUGAUAUUGCACUGCACAUGCGGAUGCUUAUGAAUAGGUCUUUAAGAGCAACUCAGGCUGCAUUAAGUUGCAUAAAAAAAGCCGUUCAUGAUAUGCAGCUGGGCUUGAGACCCAGAGUGGUUCUGAUUUCAGACAGCCCCUCUGCUGUAAAAGAUAUCAAACCAAUUUUAGAAGAAUUUCUUGAGGUUCUUCAUUUUGAUUAUGAACACUUUAAAGGAAAUAUAUCAGGUAAUACGUAUGGACAACCUAAUGUAACUUUUAGAGCAACGGAUUGGGGACCUGCACCACGAUGGGUUGCCUUUGUCGACUUCUUUCUUGCAUCGCGUGCAAAACAUGCUGUAGUUUCUGGGGCUCACAGGCGUGUUGGGACAACCUAUGCCCAGUUAGUUGCAGCUCUUGCUGCAGCAAACAGUCUUGCAGAGAACUCUUCUGCUAGUUCCAGCUUCUCGUUCUUUAGCAGCUUCCAAAGUAGUUUGCUUACAGAAGGAUUACGGAAUCAAAUUGGCUGGGGACAUGUGUGGAGCAGAUUUGCUGGCCCAUUGAGCUGCCACAAUCAAACUACUCAAUGUGCUUACACGCCGCUUCUCCCUCCUGCUUGGUGGGAUGGACUAUGGCAAUCGCCUCUUCCACGAGAUAUCCGCAAAAUGGAUGCUUAUGGAAUUCAACUAUCAAGUCUUGGCACCUUUGAUGAAGAACACCUUAAGUCUUCCUGCACUUCGAGGAUAAAACAUGCUACUAAAACUGUCACCCUAAUCUGAACCUUAGUUCUCACCUUCUAGGAUUGAGGGAUUUUCAUGUUCCCCAUAUUUACCAGCGAAAUUCGAUUCUUUCAUAGAUUUUUUGUAAGAUAGACACUUAUAUUUAUUCCACUUUAUGUAUCAUAAGUUGAAGUGACCUAAUUGUAAAAUUACUCUGUAUACAACAAUAUAAAGAAUUAUGAAGUAAUAUGUUUAUGUUUUUA